GACAUUCAUCUCAGCUGGCUCAGAAUUCAUGUAUCCAGAGUUCUGACUCGCCUGCCAGGCUCUUGCCUCCUGUGCUCUCGUAAUUGCUUUUGAAAAGGUUUUCUGGCUACAACAAAAUCUGAUUAAAUUUGUUACCAAGAAAAUUGAAUUGUUCAAGCUGCAGCCAUUCUAGAAGUUCUAAACAUCAUUUAAAAGAAGAUUUCCCUCUCGUUCCAUUUGAAGUUUCUCUAGGGAGCUGCUCUUGUGCUGUUUGGCUCCUUCCUCACCUGAAAUGGAACAAAGUGUUGAACAAAGAGCUGAGAUCCUGCUUUGUCUGUCACCACUUGAGGUUGCCAAUCUUAAGGAAGGAAUCAAUUUCUUCCGAAAUAAGAGCACUGGCAAAGACUACAUCUUAUACAAGGACAGGUGCCACCUGAGAGCAUGCAAGAACAUGUGCAAGCACCAAGGAGGCCUGUUCAUAAAAGAUAUCGAGGACUUAGAUGGAAGGUCUGUUAGAUGCACAAAGCACAACUGGAAGUUAGACGUGAGCACCAUGAAGUAUAUCAAUCCUCCAGAAAGCUUCUGUCAAGACGAGCUGGUUGUCGAAAUGGAUGAAUGCAAAGGACUUUUACUUCUAGAGCUGAAUCCGCCUAACCCCUGGGAUUCAGAGCCCAGAUCUCUUGAAGAUUUGGCUUUUGGAGAAGUGCAGGUAACAUAUCUCACUCAUGCCUGCAUGGACCUCAAACUGGGAGACAAGAGAAUGGUGUUUGACCCUUGGUUAAUUGGUCCUGCUUUUGCCCGAGGAUGGUGGUUGCUACAUGAGCCUCCAUCUGAUUGGCUGGAGAGGCUGUGCCAAGCAGACCUAAUUUACAUCAGUCACAUGCAUUCAGACCACCUGAGUUACCCUACACUGAAGAAACUUGCUGAGAGAAGACCAGAUAUUCCUAUUUAUGUUGGAGACACAGAAAGACCUGUAUUUUGGAAUCUGAAUCAGAGUGGUGUCAAGUUGACUAAUAUCAAUGUGGUGCCAUUUGGAGUAUGGCAGCAGGUGAACAAAAAUCUUCGAUUCAUGAUCCUGAUGGAUGGUGUUCAUCCAGAGAUGGACACUUGUAUUAUCGUGGAAUACAAAGGUCAUAAAAUACUCAACACAGUGGACUGCACCAGACCUAAUGGGGGAAGGCUGCCUAUGAAUGUGGAUCUAAUGAUGAGUGAUUUUGCUGGAGGAGCCUCAGGCUUUCCAAUGACUUUCAGUGGUGGAAAAUUUACUGAGGAAUGGAAAGCCCAAUUCAUUAAAACAGAAAGGAAGAAGCUCCUGAACUACAAGGCUCAGCUGGUGAAGGACCUGCAACCCCGAAUUUAUUGUCCCUUUGCUGGGUAUUUUGUGGAGUCCCACCCAUCAGACAAGUAUAUUAAGGAAACAAACACCAAAAAUGACCCACAUGAGCUCAACAAUCUUAUCAAGAAGAAAUCAGAUGUGGUAACGUGGACCCCACGACCUGGAGCUGUCCUUGAUCUGGGUAGGAUGCUAAAGGACCCAACAGACAGCAAGGGCAUCAUAGAACCUCCAGUGGGGACUAAAAUUUACAAGGAUUCCUGGGACUUUGGACCUUAUUUGAAAAUCUUGAAUGCUUCUAUAGGAGAUGAAAUAUUUCUUCACCCAUCCUGGAUAAAAGAAUACUUCACUUGGGCUGGAUUUAAGGAUUAUAACCUUGUGGUCAGGAUGAUUGAGACAGAUGAUGACUUCAGCCCCUUUCCUGGAGGAUAUGACUAUUUGGUUGACUUUCUAGAUUUAUCUUUUCCAAAAGAAAGACCACACCGAGAGCAUCCCUAUGAGGAAAUUCGGAGCCGGGUUGAUGUCAUCAGACACGUGGUGAAGAAUGGUCUACUCUGGGAUGACUUGUAUAUAGGAUUCCAAACACGGCUCCAGCGGGAUCCUGACAUAUACCAUCAUCUGUUUUGGAAUCAUUUUCAAAUAAAACUCCCCCUAACACCACCCAACUGGAGAUCAUUUCUGAUACACAGUAAAUAGAAUGGACAUGAGAAUUCCCAGUAGUGCCAAAGAGGAUGAAAUACUUGGGAAUUUCUCUAACAAAAGAUGUG